UUCACUUGUCCUACUGUAGUCUCAACUUUAAAAAAAGUUGACCAGGCCAAACGUCAAAUCAAGCAAAAUUUGUCAAUCGUUGAUAGGUAUCGCGUAUCGUGUACCUAUUUUAUAUAAAUUUAUAACAAAAAGGAUGUCAAUUCUAUGACGAUUUCUAUCUUAAAUUCUAUAUAGUAAUAAGCGUAAUAUAAUGGAAGAAGAAGUUUCAUCGUUUAGCGAUACAAUGCAACUCAACGGUGAGAUCGAAUGGCAACCGCUAGCUCUUACUUUGGUUGAAUAUCCAAAAGGUGAUUGGAUAGGGAAGUUCUUUGCCUUUAUUAGCCUGUCGCCUUUUGGAAUUGGCGCCGGAUUCGUCACGCUAGUGUUAUUUCGUCGAGAUCUUCAUACCAUUGCCUUCUUCUUAGGCACACUGGUCAAUGAAGUAUUAAACAUAAUAUUAAAGCACAUAAUAUGUGAAGCAAGACCUCUAGCGAGAGGGCAUCUGUACAAUGAAUAUGGAAUGCCAUCUUCACAUGCUCAAUUUGUUUGGUUCUUCAGUAUAUAUGUAUUGUACUUUGUUGCUGUAAGAUUGCACCAUAUAAACAAUAAUAGUAUAAUAUCUGCAUUGUGGAAAGGCAUCAUAGUCAGUGGGUGUUUAAGCCUAGCCGUGCUGGUGAGCAUAGGUCGGGUGUACCUACACUACCACACAUCCUCACAAGUCAUAGUGGGGGCCCUUGUCGGCUUCCUCUUUGCUACAAUAUGGUUUGCCGUGGUGCAUAGAGUUCUGACGCCACUAUUUCCUCAUUUAGUUUCAUUAAAAGUCUGCGAGAUGCUAAUGAUCCGUGAUACGACGCUGAUCCCCAACGUGAUGUGGUUCGAGUACACCACGACGCGGCAGGAGGCGCGCGCGCGAGGACGCAAGAUGGCGGCGCUCAAGCCCGCGCAAUGACGGUUAGUUAGCUAAAUAUAGCAUUCAGGGGAAAAGCAACAUUACACGCAUUAAAUUUUAGGGUCGGCAACGAGCAUGUAACACCUCUGGAGGUGCAGGCGUCCAUAGGCUACGGUGAUUGCCUACCAGGCGGGCCGUAUGCUUGUGUGUCACCGACGUGGUUUAUAAAAUAAAAGUAAAUGCUCUAUAUAUUAGGUUUAAAAAUGUGGAAAGAAUUAAUGUUAUCCUUUUUCCUCUAAUUAAAAGCAUAUGACCAAAAAAGGAGAAGUAGUGAAAAGUCUUUCCAAGUUAAUUUAUAGAGCGUGUUAACUUUUAUGACAAUAACAGGCCGUGAAAUUAAUAAGCUUUUUGAUAGGAGUAUCAUUUACAGUAGGUACAUAUGGUGCUACUUUUCAUUUUCCGUGCUUAUGUAAACAUUUAAAGGGCCAUAUUAUGCACUGUAAAACGUACGAUACACGUGCGAAUAGGUAAUUCGAAACUCCUGUCGUAUUUUAAUAUAUGACCAUUCGUUGCGAAUUUCCUACUUUUCACACUUGUAUCGUAAAUAACUAUUUUGAUACAAGUACAAAUGAUAUACUAGUAUUUUUCCUGUUCCUCUACUCUUACCUGCCAUUUAUACAUUACACACAAGUGCUGUUAUGAGGAAUAGACAAUAUAGACUUUUCUUGAAACCUUUUAUAUAUGUUCUUAUAUUCGUGUUAAUGAAUGUAUAAAUGGCAGAUAACAGUAGAGGAGUAGGAAAAAGUAUGAAUAAAAUAGUUUAUCUACACACAUAUCAUAAACCCUCUAUGAUGCCUUCAAAAUCCGUAAAUUAUGGCCAACAUUACGAUAAACAGUUUUGUUACAACAAAUUUCUUAUCUGUGAUAAUG